AUGCCGAGCCAACAAGCCCCUCUCGCGGAACUCUUUACAACGGCUGAAAUGUGGAGUCAGAUAGAAGGGCCUGCUGGCGAAAGCAGAUCGAACGGUGCCACGGAAGCCGAUGUGGUGAAUACCGGAGGGGUCCUCAAUAAGAGCACUCAACAUCAUACGGAGGAGAACGAUGAAGAUCUUGCUCCAGUUGAGGCACCGCGUGAAUCAGACAGGGGGCCGCUGCCAACUCCAAAUUCUCAACAAUGGCAAGAAGAUUGCCAAUCUCUCCCGACGGGUGCGGCAUCCUCAGCCGCGCUGGCAACAAUUACUACUAGCCUUGCUGGUAUCGCCGUUGACUCUACGCGGCCAGCAUGGGCUACGCGAUCAACGCCGACUCGUCCACUGCGGUCGUGGCGGAUGCUAGAGCAAGGAGCCAGGGGCUGUGUGAGUGGUGACUGCGAUCAGAUUCAAGAGGAGAUCUCGCCUCCCGGGAGUUCAAUAAUAGACUUUGAAAGAAGCUAUUGGCGACAACCAAGUAUGAUUCAGGAUCUGCCCGUGGUCUUCCUAUAUACUGCACAGCAAUGCGAAGCUUCCGCGCCAGACAAGAAGGAGCCGAACCCAUCAGGCCUCACUGACCAAGGGCCAAUUCAGAGAGCGCCCAACGUCCUCCAUACUCCUCAAGAACCGUCUCUACGUCGCCUCGUUGAGACUGGAAGAAUAAGUGCUGUACCCCAGGCCUUGUUGCCAGAAGUCCCACGAGUAGGCGCCAUUGAAAUGUGGCAACGCCAUCACGAAGCGGUCCUUACGGCCAAUCUUAACUUACUCCGCACAAUGGCAUUGGCUGAUCAUGACUCUCUACGCGCGCGAGCUGUUUGUGCCAAGAGCCAAGCGGAAUACAUGUAUCUUCUGCCGCAACUCUUCAUGGUUGAGCACCGCUACAAAGAUAUAGUCAAACAUCUCAGAGAGGCUAAGGCAGAUCCGGGCUAUCUGAUAAUUCAUCGGCCGGUGAUUCAGCGACUAUGCCAUGACACACGCCGCUUCCAUGAGGAGGGCCGCUGUGCUAUAGAGGGCCAUAACUUGGGGCUACAUCUGGCGGGAACACGGUGA